UACGUAACACCAACACGCACUGUCUGCAGCGACAGGCAAUCACUUCUGAUUCACUUUACAGACACACAGUACUUCUUUAACACCUUAGAGCCACGACCAGCUUUUUUCAUCGAGUUUGUUCUUCGUGGCAGACGGAAGACUGCCUCCAUCAUCGCCUUUUUUCAGCCUCACUCCUGCAGAUCCACAGCUGGAAAGUUGCGUCCCCGUGGUCAACGUGGGCAUCAGCCGCAAAAAGCAUGGCGGAUUACUUAAUCAGCGGUGGUACCGGCUACGUCCCUGAGGAUGGACUCUCGGCUCAGCAGCUCUUCUCGAUCGGAGACGGCCUCACAUACAAAUCUGACCAACAGUGCGUUGACUCCGAUGGUCAUACGGCCGAAGAGCUAUGCUCUAAAGGAGAUGGGUUGACUUACAAUGACUUCCUGAUAUUACCCGGGUUCAUCGACUUUACCUCAGACGACGUGGACCUGACAUCAGCACUCACCAGGAAAAUCACACUGAAGACCCCUCUCAUCUCCUCCCCCAUGGACACUGUCACAGAGUCAGCGAUGGCCAUCGCUAUGGCGCUUAUGGGAGGCAUCGGCAUCAUUCACCACAACUGCACGCCAGAGUUCCAAGCCAACGAAGUGCGCAAGGUCAAGAGGUUUGAGCAGGGUUUCAUCACAGACCCUGUUGUGAUGAGUCCGCGUCACACAGUCGGGGAUGUGUUUGAGGCCAAAGUAAGACAUGGUUUCUCUGGUAUUCCUAUCACGGAGACGGGCAAAAUGGGCAGCAAACUGGUGGGCAUCGUCACCUCCCGAGAUAUCGACUUCCUCUCCGAGAAAGACCACGGCAAACCUCUGGAGGAGGCCAUGACAAAGAGGGAUGAGUUGGUGGUGGCUCCAGCUGGUGUUACACUCAAAGAAGCCAAUGAUAUUCUGCAGCGCAGUAAAAAAGGCAAGCUUCCCAUUGUUAAUAAUAACGACGAGCUGGUGGCCAUUAUCGCCAGGACGGAUCUGAAGAAGAACAGGGACUACCCUCUGGCCUCCAAAGACUCGCGCAAACAGCUGCUGUGCGGCGCUGCCAUCGGCACCAGGGAGGACGACAAAUACAGACUGGACCUGUUGGUGCAGGCCGGAGUGGAUGUUGUCGUACUGGACUCUUCGCAAGGCAACUCGGUGUAUCAGAUCAACAUGAUAAAUUAUAUUAAACAGAAGUAUCCAGACUUGCAAGUGGUGGGAGGAAAUGUGGUUACAGCAGCCCAGGCCAAGAACCUGAUCGAUACUGGUGUCGACGCGCUGAGAGUCGGCAUGGGCUGUGGCUCCAUCUGCAUCACACAGGAAGUCAUGGCAUGCGGGCGACCCCAGGGGACCUCGGUGUACAAGGUAGCAGAGUACGCCAGGCGCUUCGGCGUGCCAGUCAUCGCUGACGGAGGCAUUCAGACUGUGGGCCAUGUGGUGAAGGCUCUGUCUCUGGGAGCAUCGACGGUUAUGAUGGGCUCAUUGCUAGCGGCGACCACUGAGGCUCCAGGGGAGUACUUCUUCUCAGACGGUGUGCGGCUGAAGAAGUACCGUGGCAUGGGCUCGCUGGACGCUAUGGAGAAGAGCACCAGCAGCCAGAAACGCUAUUUUAGUGAGGGCGACAACGUGAAGGUAGCCCAGGGUGUGUCAGGCUCGGUCCAGGACAAGGGCUCCAUCCACAAGUUCGUCCCUUACCUGAUAGCUGGUAUCCAGCAUGGCUGCCAGGACAUCGGGGCAAAGAGUCUGUCUGUUCUCCGCUACAUGAUGUACUCUGGAGAGCUGAAGUUUGAAAAGAGGACCAUGUCUGCACAGGUCGAGGGAGGAGUCCAUGGACUUCACUCUUACGAGAAGCGGCUUUACUGAGCGGGGGGGAUGGAUCGCAGACCAUCGGUGCACGUGACAUACCCAAUCUAACAGUGACCAAAUGUUAAAAAUCGCCACUUCUGCUAAAAAUACGCACCACCCACUACGCCCUCUCUGCCCUCUCCUCCGUCGUAUUCCACCGUUACUCCCUCUUUCUCUGAUCCCAGCCAGCUGCUCCUGGGAGGAAAGAGGCGUAGUAGCAACGUGAGAAUCUUCAAACUGACACCUGGGAUUUUUGCACUCAAGAAGCGGCGCAUCAGGGUUUUCCGAACAGCAUACACACCUGUAUCUUGAGUAUGCAGCUGAUCCCAAUUUAGCAUGUGUGCUGAUAGUGAAUGAACGCGUGCGUGUUUGGCGAAUUAAGGGUAGCGUGUGUGCGCCUGUGUGAUGUAGUUUAAAAUGUGUCUCGGGACAAACAAAGUGAAGGUGCACUGUGUUUAUUUGUCCUGUAAAUGUUAGUGAGUCUAAAACAGCCGUGGUGCGGAUCACAUCAGCAUCUUAUCUGGCUCUGGUGGGAUCCACGCUUACCAGCACGCUCCCUGUCUGAAGCCUCUCACAUCCCAGCUCUUUAACACACUUGUACGUGCAGAGAAAGCACUUCUAUAUGUGCAGUGUGUCGGUGUAUUCUGGCAUUCUUACUUUUUUUUGCAUUAUUACAAGUAUAAGCUACUUUGCUUAUAUUUUAACGCAAACUGUUUACUUUCUUUAGUACGGAUCCUGAGGUACGAGACAAGUAUCCUGUUUGCUUUUCAUUCUCCCCUACAAUCAGUAGACAGGACCCAGUCCCACAGUCUUUACGGCUGUGGACAUUUAUUUCCCCCUUCAACGACAUCUUGACAAACAAUCAGUGUCCCAUCUCACUACAUAUUGUUCAUAUGUUGAGCAUGGAAGGGACCAAAAGCUGAAGAUCAGGUAUGUUUGAAAGACCUAAAAUCUAUAAAAAUCAGAAAUAGCUCGUAAUAAGGACUAUUUCUCUGGCCGAAAUUUGAAUACUUUUAGAUAAAAGCAAACUUUAUAUUAAACCUGUAUAGUCUCGGGGGGCUUUGAACUGAGCAUGAAGUGUUUUUGAUAUGCAUGUUUGUUUUUUCACGAAGCCGAACCUGGCUGUAUUUAUAUUCUGCUUUGUUGUAAUUGCAUACAUACUGCCAAGUGUCUUUACACUUCUUUGGACACUUUUCUUUUGUAAUUUCAAAACCAAAAUUUGCGCAAGAAGUCGCUCGUUACCCUCGUUUCUUGUCCGUUCCUGCGUUCUCACAGUGCAGCAUAGGUUCUCUGUGAUAGGUUUGUUUUAUUUUUGAUUUAUUUUUACCAGAGAUAUGCCUUGAAAUGCAGAUGGAUAAAUGCUGAACACGACAGCUCAGUGAAAAAGCGUAGUGCUACACACCCUCUCGCCUCUUUUUUCUUACUUUCAAACAGCUGUGUUUGUUAUCAUUCAGCUUAUUUAGAAGUAGGCUUUUCUAACAUUUUCAUAAUGGAUGUCCGUUUGGCCAGAUGUAUUUUUUUUUUAAUUUUUAUUUUUAAAUAAAAUGCCUCAGAUUGUAAGAGUUGAGUUGCUUUCUCUAACGUGCUAAUGUACUUUACCCUGCACAGGGUUCACUUGACUAACAAUAGCUUUGCAAUUAGACUUAAUUGCAAAAAAAUGUACAUGGAAAAUAUAUGGAGAAAUAUAUACCUAUAUCCCGUUGGAAAUGACUGCUGCUUGUUUUCAGUUUCCCAUCUAAAGAGAGAAUUCAGGUUUUUAUGUCUUAUUUGUAAAAUACAGAGUCCUGUAAGUCCAUCUAAAAAGCACAAAUCUGUCAUGGUAAGUGAGGUAUAAGGUUUACUUUUUCUUUUUUUCCUUUUCUGUCUUUCUUUUUUUUUUUUUUUUUUUAAGAGUUGCACUUUUGUAUGAUUUCAGCUUUGUUCUGGCGACUGUAGCUGCUUUGAAAUAACAAAGUGGUAGCUGCAACCAACAACCAAAACAAUAAACAAGGGCUUUUUAGAUGGAUUGAAAAGACUCAGUAUUGAAUUAAUCCAUUAGGGAUUUUUGAGGAAUAUCACUUCAGAACAUGUUUACAGUAAAACACUCAACAAAGGAAAGUUCGCUUUUGCUUUCAGUAUUGGAAAAACGAAAUAAAUAAAUUAAACUGUG